AGUAAUGAGUUGUUUGUUUUCACAGAUCCUCACAAUGAGAAGAUAGAAGAACCACACAUCUAUCUGAGUGAGCUGACCAUCAGUAUGUAUGGCAGCAAUUCCAGCUGAAGGCUUCAUGAUGGGAUACUUUAUGUCAACGUUGCAAAGGACUUCCUCCACAGCACGGCUUUUUACAGCAAGAUUCUUUGAUGCCCCUGUUUCGUCUCUGACUGCAUCAGUCCAUUGUCAAGCAAUACAUUUUAAGUAACCAGAAAAACAUGAAGCUUGCCAGUCACGUAAGGUGGAUCAUUUGUUAGCAUUUCCUCUUUUUAAAUCUAGUUAAUGAUUUGACUUUAAUUCUGUAGCCUGGUUCAGGCAGACGCAACCCAAGUGUAAACUUGAGGCUGUCCUUCUGUUAUAUGGAGGCCUUGGAUAGUCAUCUAACGACUGGGGAGCAGUCCGGAGGUCAACAGCAUCAUCAACCAGAGUCUUGUGAACGAGGCCCACAGCCCAAGUCUCCCUCCAAGUCCAAUCAGCAACAGCAAACCAGUUCCUCAAAGGCCCAUGGCACACCACAGCAAUCCAAACAGUCAAGAAGACAGAAUCCUGACCGAAAACGCCUCAGACACCAGCGGCAAAGCAUCGACUCAGACCCACUGUUGGAACCCAAACAGGAAACAUCACCAGCAACAAAAGCAUCCACAGCUAAAGAAACAUCCUCGGCAGAUGACCCAAGCCAAGCCAAAUCGGAAACCCAAGAAGACAACCCAAAACAGAAACGUGAGCGUAAGCCUCAGAGACCCGGAAAAUAUGUGUGCACUUACUGCGGUCGUCCAUGUGCGAAGCCCAGUGUCCUACAGAAACACAUUCGCUCUCACACAGGUGAAAGACCAUAUCCCUGCGCUCCAUGUGGUUUUUCUUUUAAAACCAAGAGUAACCUGUACAAGCACCGUAAAUCGCAUACCCACAGAGUGAAGGCAGGUCUGGCACUUGGGGAGCCAAAAUCUUUAGAGGAGCAAGUCACAGAGUCAGAGGAUGAAACAAGACAGCUCUCAUCAGCUUCUGCCCUCACAGAGAGACAAAGCAGUUUAGCCUUGAUGAAAAGUCAUGAAACAGAUGUGGCUAAAGAUAGCACUGGAGCAAACAAUGACUCUUAUGCUGUUAAAAAAAGACUGGCUCUGCGGUUGAGUCGAGGAAAAAAUGCUCCUCAAGACUCAUCUGAUGAGCAGGCUUCAUUACUGACAUUAAGUAGCAGAGGUAGUACAGAAUCUGGCUAUUUCUCGCGCUCUGAAAGUACUGAACAAUCACAAGACAGUCCCCCAAACACAAGUGCCAAAAGCUAUGCGGAGAUCAUCCUUGGUAAAUAUGGACGUCUUGGACAUCUCCAGAGGAUGUCUCGCCAUCAAAACCAGCAACCCCCUGGUCAGGAAGAAAAAAACAUCCAAUUCACUGUACCCAAGAAACAGGUCAUUGAUCACAUCACCAAACUGAUUACUAUCAAUGAAGCAGUGGUGGACACGAGUAAAAUUGACAGUGUGAAACCAAGAAAAUUCUCACUCUCGAGAAAGAGCAGUUCAGAGUCUCAAAAGAAUUUAAGUAUAAAAGAAUCACUUCUUCACAGCCCAAAAGCUGGAGAUCUGGGCUAUAAAAGCACCGGCUCCAUUAGCAUGGGAGUUCCAUGCGAAAAAUUUCAACAUCCAUCCCUAAACGCAGAGCAGCCAGCUGGACAAAUAACCACCGCCCCUUUGGUGAGAAGUCAGUCAAUGCCAACUGCAGCUAGUUCGUUUGAGUCCCCCAGUGGCGGCCCCUGCAAAUUCCGCCUAAGUCAGUCCUUUGAUGAUCAACAGCCUUCUGAAACACAGAUGUCCCGUCGCUAUGGAACGCUAAGGCGGCAGCCAGCUAUUGAAAUCCCUCUUGGUGCUGAGCUUAUAAAAGAGGAGCGUGAGGUUUCUCAUCCGUUUUACCCUGACAGCGUUACCACUGUGCCUGACAAAAAGAAACAUCUACCCCAGCCAUAUGAGUGUGAGGCCUGUGGCAGUGGAUGCAAGGAUUGGGAAGGCUACAAGAAACACAAGCAAAACAUGUGCCUCACAUAUCAGCCCCAAACUGAGGGGGCAAUUUGUCAAAUGGAGUGUUCACAGCUUAGCAAACAUGCGGUUAGAGCAGGAGCGUCAACAAUGCGCAAGAGAAGGAAAGAAGAGAGUAUUGAGUUUGAUGACCCUUCUUCUCCUGUAUUACUCUUUUCAUCUCAUUCAUCAGGACGUUGUAAAGAUGAAAGCAAUGUUGUUCACGAAGGCUCAAGAAAACCUGCACUGCAAACUUGUUCAGUGAUUCAACACACAAGUUCAUUUGAAAAACAGGAAUCUUUGUGUCACGAAAGUCAAAGUCCAGAUACGGUAAAGAGCUCCCCUCCACACGAAGACUAUCAAAAGGUGCCUAGCAAACUACCCCAGCAUACCCCAGCCCGAAAGCUGGCUCGCCAAAACAAUGUACAGGUUCCAGAGAUACUGGUCACAGAAGAUGUCAACAUAAGCAAUGAGCCCUCAGUAGAGCCAACCUCUACCCCAAACACUUUGGAGAAACUUGAUGAAUUUCAAUGGCCACAGAGGGGUCCUUCUCUAGCACAGCUUCCUAUUGAAAAGCUUCCACCGAAAAAGAAGCGGUUACGUUUAGCUGAGGCCGCUCAGUCCUCAGGGGAAUCCAGUUUUGACUCUAUAUCCUUACCCCACAGCCCUAGUCAGGACAGUAGUGCAUCAUAUGCAUCCAGUCGCUCAACAUCCUUUGAAGAACCCAACAGACAUGACAUGGAGAUGGGAACAUCAACCCCACUGAGACGAUCAAGAGCUUCUCACAUGUUGACUGUACCGGGCAUGCAUCAGCACAGAGAGAUGAGGCGCUCUGCAUCCGAGCAGGCCCCCCAUGACCCACAACAGUGUGUCACAAUGGCCGAGACCCGCAGUAAGUCUUUCGACUACAGUAGUCUUUCCCCUGAGCGCUCUGCAGUGGGCUGGAGGGAGAGGAGAAAAUGCCUUCUUUUGAGACAUGCAGCUAUUCAGGACCGAGAUGAGGAGGAGCUGCAGAGUGCCACAUCGAAACGUAGUCCUGAACAUGUCGGCCCCAACAGACCCUCUCAAGCUAGCCCACCGUCUGUGUGUUGUAGUGGUUCACCUUCAUCCCCAUCCUCAGGAGUCUUGGGUAAUCCUGUGGGAUUACAGUGCAAAGAGAUCUUUACUCAGUGGACACAGCAGAAAAACACUCAGCUAAUGGGGAGUACAGAACUUUCAGGUGCCGUUGACCAUUCUGUCGUAAAGAAGGAGGCCUCGUACAUUCAUUCAGAGCAGAUUCCUCCUCAUCCACCACAACCCAGUCUUACAUAUGGACUGUCAGGGGCAGCCAGAGCCCACUAUCUACCUAUGUCUACUGGGCUAAAGCUAGAGAUUCCUUCUCAACGGGAUGAUUAUUUAGAGGUUCAAAUCAGUCACUCCCACACCCAGCGCUCAGUCCCUCACAUAACAUCCAGUUUGGAAGUACUCUCACCACUCGCAUCUCCAGCUGUAGCAGUGCGUCUCCAAACAGACACCCUCACUCCAGCAUGCGCCAUAUAUACCACGUUGUCUCAGUCCACCUCCCCCAUGGCCCACGAGGCUUUUGAUGCCGUUUCGCCCAAUCCAGGCACGUCCACCACGGAGUACAGAAGCGGCAGAACCAUGAGUCCAGAUCUGCAGCUGUGUUCGGACGAUGGCCUAAGGUCAUUAGGCUCAGGGGGCAACAAGCGCAUGCUUUCCCCCUCAAACAGCAUGGAGCUCCAUCCUGAAUCACAACAGCAGCAAAAACGAGUUAAAGAGGAAGGGGAGAAGGGGGUGGGAUCCACUGAUUCAACAAGAGUCGACACACGCAAUAAAGAGGUUGAACAGGAGGGUCAGACAUGUUUACCAAGAAUUGCUUCGUCUGUGUCAACUGCUGAAUCCUUCCCCAGUCUACUGUCCAGCACCUGUAAUAGUUGGUGCUAUUUGAACUACAUUAAGCCAAACCCUUCUGCUCUAGAGGAACAGAAUCCCUCAGUUUAUUCAUCUUGGUCUACUAGUAGCUAUGACCCCAAUCCACCUGGGCUUUCAAGCAAGACAGUUCUCUCUCUGCUGCACUGCAAGCAGAGGCUGAGUCCCUCCAUUUAUACCACAUCCCCAAUGUCAGUCACGACGACUGAGGCAAUGGAGCAAGAGGACAACAGAAGACCCUGCGCCACUCGGGAGUACAACAGCUUGCCCUCCUGCGGAGACCACAAGGAGACGGGGAAGGGAAAAUUGCUAGCAGAUGAUGACAGGUCGAGCAAACGAGAGGAGAAGGAAGAGAAGAAGCAGGAAGAGGAAGACCUCUCAUUUUCCAGAAAAAGACAACCUAUCGAAGACUGGAUCUGCAAGAGAGAAUCAGACCUGCAGUGCACUGCUGACAAAGGACAAGGUGGAAGGAAGUGUCGUUGUGAGGACCCCGGAGGUCAAGGCGAGGAUGUUUCGGAGCUCUCCACAGAGUCCCUGCCGCAGCACAGUGAUUCUCCUAACAGCAGCUAUAAACGAACAGACCAACCAAAUCAUCCGGGACAUCAGAGGAAACAAGCAGAUCACGCAAAGGAGACGAGCGGCUGCCACGCCGAAGACGGGCAGUCCCCAGCGACUGACCCCCCUCUCACUGUCGGGGAGAAGGUUCAUCAGGGAGGUGAGCGGACGGAGGCCGGACGCAGCUCAUCCUUCCCGCUGACCCCCAACGACUCGACCAGGAGAAGCUCGGCCAGCGCCCGGAGGGCCCUGUUCGCCCGCAGACGCCUGGACGCUUCGGCCUCACCGCCCUCCAGAUGUUCCCUCUCUCCGUGCGCCCAGUCCCUCAAUCCACUCCGAGAGCCGUGCCCACUUUCGAGUCCCUCGUCCCUCUCCGCGCCCGCCCGUCGGGCCUCUCCCGUCCCACAGACGGUCGGAGCCGACCCCCCCAGCCGGAGCCAGAGGGCAGAGUCCUCUGCGUCUCGGGGCUCCCCAGCAGACGAUCCGACCCCACGUCCAGUCUGUCCCCCUGCGACCGACCAGCUGUCUGCAGCCAGACCGGCGGGCCACCCCAAACAGCACACGCCUGUUGGGGGGCUCUUUCUGACCCACGUCCCUCCACAAUUCCCUCGGCCCCGGGGGGCCAACAACCUCCUGAGUCACCUCCCUCUGCACUCGCAGCAGCCGAGCAGAGGCCCGAGCCUCCUGAUCCCCAUCGGGGGCAUCCACAUGAUCCAGCCCCGCUCCCCCCUCCCGCUUUACACCCUGGUGAGCGCCCGCACCGCUCCGGAGGGGAAGCCCGCCCCCAAAGAGCCGCCCCCCCACAGCGGACCCCGCCCACAGAGCCCCGAAAGAACAGGACCGGGGUCCGGGGGCGAGCAAACGGAGGGGGGCCGCCCCGAUCCGCCCGCCCCGGAGGGACACGUUUACGCCGAGAGCAGCCAAGGCCAAAAACAGGCUCCGUCCUCCCCUCAGACACAACUCUGAUAGGAGGGAGAGCCUGAAGGGAAAGUGCAAACAGACCGAGGACCAGCGAGAGGGUGAACUGAUCUGACAAAAGACAAGAGCACUUAAACACCGCUUCUGAAUGACGCUGUUAUGUAAUUACAUGAAUACUAUAUAUAUUUAUAUGUAUAUGUAUAUAUAUAUGUGUAUGUAUAUAUAUAUACAUAUACAUACGCACUGUUAGAUAUGCAGUAUGUUUUGUAAAUCUUUUUUACCCUCCCGUUUGAUGUCAUCGGUGUUUAUUUAUUAACGUGUUAAUAUGCAAAUUCUGUACUAUAUGCAAAAGCAGCUGGAAUGAAAAGAGAAAACACAUGUUUUAAUCGGUUUCCUUAUUAACCCCCAUUGACAGCUCUAAUAUACUACCGCUGUGUUCAUGUACUGUAUUACCAAAAUGAAUAGAGAAAAGUACCACACAUAUUUAUUCGCUCUGACCAGUAUUUUAAAGUGCAAUUCAACGUCGGGACUGUGGUUUAAAGCGUCAUCCUCGGAGGGCCGCGAGCCUUCUUUCUCGUCAGAUUUUCCGUUGUCGUCUUUGUGUCCAGCGAAGCCGGAGAGAGAGAGAGAGGUUUCUGACGGAAAAGUUUGGAGUCGGAAGCCCGCUUCCCACAGGCUGAGUGCUUGGCUAUGGUACAGUUUGUUUCAUUUGUCACAAACGGACACGUGUCUUUUUGCGUUGUUGCUUUUUCUAAAUGAUACAAUCACUCCGCCACUUUCAUGUUUACCAUUAAACUUCUCAUUUUUACAGAUUUCUAUCAAAACUUUGGUUUGU